CAGCGAGCUCCGGGGAUUGACUACCCGCGCGCUCACUUCCGCGUCCCGCCGCCGGCCGCCGCCAUCGGACAAUGGGCGGCGCGCCGCGGCUGCAGUGAGCUCUGCUGGAUCUGGCCACCGGCCCCAGGCCAGGGGCUGCCCAGUGUGUUUGCAAGUUCGAUUGUUCGACGUGGAUGUGAGUUUACUUUUUUCUGUGUACGUUCUCUGUCUUCUUUCUCCUGUUUUGGGUUUUAUGACUUGUAGAAGAGAACUUUUCUAAGCAGGCCGGGCACGGCUGAAGGCUGCUCUGCCCCCACGUGGACGCUCCCCAGGGGAAAAGAAGUCUGAAAGUAAACUUAGCCCCGCUGGCCUGAAGGCCUCAACUCUGGCUGGACUGUAAGUUUUGGAGUCAUGACCUUCUUGCUGGGCAGGUGGGAAUCUUUAUCUGCCUUAGGCUGGACCUGAAACCUCGGCCAGCACCCAAAUCUCCCCCACCACAUUCACACCUUGAACCAGGGCUAGGUCCCGGACACUGAUCUACAACAUGGAUAAAUACGAUGAUCUGGGCCUUGAGGCCAGUAAGUUCAUCGAGGACCUGAACAUGUAUGAGGCCUCCAAGGAUGGGCUCUUCCGGGUGGACAAGGGUGCUGGCAACAACCCAGAAUUUGAGGAAACUCGAAGGGUGUUCGCGACCAAGAUGGCCAAAAUCCACCUCCAGCAGCAGCAACAGCAGCAGCUCCUACAGGAGGAGGCCCUACCUAGGGCAGGCAGAAGCCCGGUCAACGGUGGGAACCGUCAGGGUGCGAGCAGCAAGCUGGCUGCAGAUGGGGCUGCUAAGCCUCCUCUGGCUGUGCCAACAGUGGCACCUGGAUUAGCUACCACCACUGGGGCCGUGCAGCCCUCGUACCCAUCUCAGGAGCAGAGGAUCAGGCCAUCUGCCCAUGGUGCAAGGCCUGGCAAUCAGAACUGUGGUUCCAGGGAGGGGCCUGUGAGUUCCCAGAGACCUGCUUUACAUGGCCUGGGUCCCUCCUGUGAAGACCCUUCCUGCCUCACUCACGGAGACUAUUAUGACAAUUUCUCUUUGGCAAGCCCACAGUGGGGUGAUAAACCUGAAGGGUGCCCCAGCGUGAGUCUGGGUGUAGGAAGUGGAUGGCCUGGUUGCCCAGGGAAUGACUCCACACUGCCCAAAUCCUGUGGAGACCAUCACCCUUACCAGCCACAGCUCUCCACACUGUGCUCUGGCAGGUCUUUUGAAAGUGGCAUCAGUGGCCAGGACGGUGGCAUUGGUGGCCAUAGCAGCGAGAAGCCAACAGGCCUUUGGUCCACUGCCUCCUCUCAGCGAGUGAACCUCGGCUUUUCUUCCAUGGGCUUGGAGAAUGGGACCUCCGCUCAACCCAAGGGCACAACUGUUUCAGCACCGAUGGUCCCUAGCAGCGCCAGCCAAGGAGCUUGUCCAAAAAGAGAUUCAGGUCUGGGAUAUGAGGCUUCAGGCAGGGUCUUCAAACCCCUUGUGGACACUCAGCCUUGGCUCCAGGAUGGGCCCAAGUCUUACCUCUCUGUUUCUGCUCCAUUAUCCUCAACAGCUGGCAAGGACAGUGCCCAGCCAGGUAUGACUACCGGGCUGGAUCCUAAGUUUGGAUGCGUGGAGUCUGGCACUAGUCCCAAACCCAGCCCCACCAGUAACGUCCAUCCGGUAAUGUCCACUCCAUCUGAGUUAUCUUGUAAAGCGAGUUCUCCCAGCUGGUCCACUGACAGUAGCCUGGAACCUGUGCUCCCAGGGAGCCCCACCCCCUCCAGGGUGAGAUUGCCCUGCCAGACCCUGGCACCGGGCCCUGAGCUUGGACCCUCCACUGCGGAAUUGAAGUUGGAAGCCCUCACCCAGCGUCUGGAGCGAGAGAUGGAUGCUCACGCCAAAGCGGACUACUUCGGUUCCUGUGUGAAAUGCAGCAAAGGGGUGUUUGGAGCUGGCCAGGCCUGUCAGGCCAUGGGAGAUCUCUACCAUGAUGCAUGCUUCACCUGUGCAGCCUGCAGCAGGAAGUUAAGAGGAAAGGCCUUCUAUUUUGUCAACGGCAAAGUAUUCUGUGAGGAAGACUUUUUGUAUUCUGGCUUUCAGCAGUCUGCGGACAGGUGUUUUCUUUGUGGACACCUGAUCAUGGACAUGAUCCUACAGGCCCUAGGGAAGUCCUAUCACCCCGGCUGUUUCCGCUGCGUCAUCUGUAAUGAAUGUCUGGAUGGGGUUCCUUUCACCGUGGACUCUGAGAACAAGAUCUACUGUGUCCGAGACUAUCACAAGGUGCUGGCCCCCAAGUGUGCAGCCUGUGGCCUUCCCAUCCUUCCGCCAGAGGGUUCAGAUGAGACCAUCAGAGUUGUGUCCAUGGACAGGGACUACCACGUAGAAUGCUACCACUGUGAGGACUGUGGUCUGGAGCUCAAUGACGAGGAUGGUCACCGCUGCUAUCCACUGGAGGACCACCUGUUCUGUCACUCCUGCCAUGUCAAGAGACUGGAGAAAGGGCCCUCACCUGCACCCCUCCACCAGCACCACUUCUAGCAAGGAGACACAGUGGAGAUACGGGGCCAGGCUGCAGGGGGAGAUGUCUGUGUAGCACUUCUGAGCUCUCCCACAGCUGGGGCACAGGAAGAGGAGGGACAGGAGGUCAAGUUCCUGUGUGUGUGUGUGUGUGUGUGUGUGAGUGUGUGUGUGUGUGUGUGUGUGUGUGUGUGUGUGUGUGUGUGUGUGUGUGUGUGUGUGUGUGUGAGAAGAGGGUAUCUUCCUUCUAACUGCAGCAGUGCGCACUCCCCAUCCAGUCCAUGUGUUUUCGAAGUGCUUUUCUCUAUUGCCACACUCUCGCUGAAUCACUCAGGAAGAUGCUCCAGCUUGCACGUGGCCCCUGACACAAGAUGGGGCCUUUGUGACUGGACACAUCCUAGUCCCUGGAAAGCAGGUUUUCAGGUUGUGUUGAGCACAUUCCACAGUGUCCCUAAAGAGAAACCGUGAUGGAGUUGAGCAGCACUUCCUCCGGGCGAGCGCCUGCACCCGGAUAACCCUCACACAGCCUAUGGCGUGACUUAACAGUUCAGUCCACUUCAGAGCUUUAGCUCUUCUGAGAAUGCUUCAAACACUUGACUGCAUUGCAGCUAGAAAGAGGCUCUGCAUAUGCUUUGUACAUUGGAGUUUGCUUGGUGAAGGCGAGCCAAGCUUGGACAUCUGGGAGGCUGGGUCUCCCUGCUGUGCCUCUGCCUUUCCUCCUGCACUUAAGGCAGUGGAGUUGGGGCAGAGGCUUGCCCUGUCCUAUACAGCCAGCUCAGAGAGAACUGGUGCAGGCACCAGGCUUCUUGUCCAUGCUUGGUGCUGUGUUUUCAUUGCUUCCUCCAGUCUGUGACAUUGGAGUUGCUUUCUCAAGGUGAGUCUGAGGAUUCCUCAUAUCCCUGUCACCUUGUUCAACUCAUUUGAACAUGACCGUUGGGAAUCCCAGUCCAUAUCCUGGGAGAGAGCUACUUCUAAAAGGAAAGUUUUGUGUGUGAGAUCUCAGAGCUAGCACCAGAGGGAGUGCCCGAGCUUGUUUCAGCGGACUUGUAUCUCUCUGGCCCUCUUCUCAGCACAGACGUUUGCUUGGUUUGAGGAAACCAAUAUAAGGUACACUGCUUUUGUCUGUUUUUUUUAAACGUCGUUCUUUCUCUCUACCUUUUCCCACACACAAAACAUACCUCACAGAUAGUUUUCACCAAAUCACAGAUCAAAGAGGAAUUCAUCCAUCAUAUUGGAGACUGUUGGUGUAUCAGCAGUGGCCGUUUUCCAACUCUUGAACUACAGCUAAGCAGUACAGUCGCAACACAAGGCCUUCUGAGACUAGCUGCAACUGAAGUCAUGAGGCUCUGGCCUCAUGUGCCUAUGCAUGCUGGCUCCCGAGGUAGCCAGGCUAAGAGGGAGACCACAUGCUGUCAAUAUUAAGACCACUUCUGAGGUGGAUAUGUGGACAUACCCAUCCUCCCAACAUUUGAGAGCCUGAAGUUUGUGAGUAGGCAUUUAAGGCUGUCCUCAACUACAUGAGGCCAUGACCUCACUCAAAAAAAACUUAAAAGAGAAAGAAAAAAAAAACCCCACCCAGCAUUGAAGAACAUAAUUAACUUUGCCUAUCACUUCCCGAGGCCAGAGUUCAGUGCCUCCUUGGAAGUUCAAACGGGUAAAACUGGAAAAACAAAAAUGAAAUGGGUUUCCAUCUGCUGUCUUAUCUUCAGGGAGUGCCCCAUGACUUGUGGCAGGAAGGCUGCAGUGUCAGCAGUCAGGCUGGGUACCCAGCAGCUGGCUUGGGUGGUGAAGCAAGGCCCGUAGAGUUCCUGCCACAUGUGAAUAUGGACUCUUGACUAGGCCUCAGCUAGACCUGGUAGCUACUGCAAUCCUGCUGGCCUCCAUUGCCUAUGAGAAGUUCAGAACUAGCACUGUGGACCAGGAACAUCUUUUUCAUUUUUAUCAGGUUCCUUCUGUUGGGAUCCUUUGGCCAGAUGUUACUCGCUUCCUGUUCUAGACAGAGCCCCCUUAAAAAAAAAAGCUAUGAAUGUAUGGGGCCACCGAGAUAGACCCUGAGACCAGCCCUGUUUUCUCUCUUCAGUUUCCCAGGCUGGCUUUGGCAAGGGUGGCAGGGAAAGGAGAAGAGACAAUGUCUUUGCCUCCCUGGAGGCUCUGGUAGAGUCUAAUUUCGUGUCAAGAUGAUUGAUGAAGAUUGCAGUGAAAUUAGUGUCUGAGGUAGAUGGGAUUUGUUUGCAAAUUGAUUAAUUUAAAACUCUGUGAUUAAUUUUUAAAUGAAAUUCCUGAUUGAGGUGAUUCAGAUCUGUUUGCAAAUACUACAUUUUAUAUUAUCAAAACAAUAAAGAAAUUUGUAGACUUCCCAGAACCCCCAAGACUGUCUUCUUUGACUGUUUGCUGGAGAAGGCACCACUAGGGGUCUCAUUGUCUCUAUCUCAGGCCUGUGCAAUAAAACAUGAAGAUAUAUAUAUUCACUUAUCUGGGAUUUAAAAUGUUCUAUAAAUUUUGGCCAGAUAGAGCUGUAAGGAGAUUAUACUUAUAGCUAUGUAGGAGGGAACGAAGGGAGUUGGUAG